UGAAACACUAAGAGGAGUCGAAUAUUAAAACUACAUUUCCCAUUUGGUAAACGCACUGGUGACGCUAACUGUCAAGCGCAGAAGGUCAUAAGCAUGCUUUUGAACACAGAAGAUGCUACAUGAGGCCAGGAGAGCGCUGUAUAUUAGUAAACAGAGAAAACUUAUUAAAGUAGGAACUACAGUAUGAACGAAAAUUUAUGCUUCUUCGUGAAAGUCCAACUCGUGUAAAAUGCUGCAUCCGUUUAACUAACAAACUGCUAUAAACAAGUCGCCUUGCAGAAAAAAGUAGCUAGCCUUUCUGUUAGCUCUGCUCCCAAACAUUACAUUUUCACAUUACCGCCGCUAUGUUGAGGAACCUAAUUAGACUUCAGACUCAGGUUGGAAGUGGCCUGUCCCUCAUUAAAGUUUGCCCAAGAAGUCAGCAGCUUGGGUUUCAUUUGAAAUACUCCACACCCGCAGCAGAAAGAAAAAGAUUCUAUCAAGACGUCAGCAUAUCCCAGGGUGAAGGUGGCGUAUUUGAGAUAAACCUGGACAGAAGGAAACUAAAAACUCCUGGAGGGAAACUGUUUACUGUGCCAAAUGAAGCCCUGGCCAUCGCAGUGGCAACUGAGUGGGAUGCUCAAAAAGACACACUCAAAUUCUACACAAUGCACUUGACAACACUGUGUAACACAGCACUGGACAAUCCCACACAACGCGACAAGGACCAAAUGAUCAAUGCUGCCCUGAAGUUCCUGGAAACAGACACUGUCUGUUACAGAGUUGAUGAGCCCUAUGGUUUGGUUGACCUACAGAAGAAUGAAUGGGACCCUGUGUUGCACUGGAUUGAAAACAGAUAUAAUGUCACCAUUGGCUCCUCAUCCAGUAUUUUGGGUCCUGAAAUCCCAGAGGCAACCAAAGACACAUUCCGGCAGCACCUGAAAUCUUACAACUUCUGGUCCCUGACAGGGCUUGAGUACGUGAUUACUCAGCUGAAGUCGGUUGUGCUGUCACUGGGGAUUAUUGACAGACAUCUGAGUGUGGAAAAGGCUGUGCUGCUGUCUAGACUGGAGGAGGAGUUCCAGAUUCAGCGCUGGGGAAACGUGGAGUGGGCCCAUGACUACGACAUGUACGAGCUGAGAGCGCGAACUGCUGCUGGAGCUCUCUUUGUUCAUCUCUCAUCUGAGAGUUCAACUGUCAAACGCAAACUCCUGCAGGACUAAAUAAGACCUAUACAAAUGUUAAUAUCUCUUUGUGUAUCGAGGAAAUCUGCUCUCAAGCUGAGAAACAUCCCCAACAUUCAGUACUAAGCAGUAUCCAUGUUUCUACAACCCUGAUGACAAACAUGAUGCAUGUUGUUGGUUCAAUUAGCAGUGACAGCUGCUGUGUCUGUGAUCUGUUAUACAGAGGAGUUAUCGUACUUCAUAGAACCGCAUUAGCACACUGGUUGUGUUUUUGCAUAUGUGGACGCUGCCAAGUAUGAUACCCUUCACAAAGUUUCCAGACAGUUCUCAGUCAGCCGUGACAUUUUGGACUCUGCACAUGGUUUCAAGAGAAUGGUGACUAAUAUUGUCUGUUUGGUUGAGGAAUGUUUAUUUCAUGCCAGCUUUCCCUGUGUGCUACAUUUGAAUACUGCAACUUCCUAUGCUGUCCUAACAGCAUACUAUUGGCAAUAACUGUGUGGUUUAGGAUUUGGUAACACACUGCAUGCAAAAAUAUUAAAGUGUAUUCAAGUUUUCCUCAUUAUAUAUGGUACAGUUUUGCAUUUUCAUUGUCAUAUGUUAAAGAUUUACUAAUGCUCCCAAGGAGUAGUCAUAUGAUAGCCAGUGCCCCCCAGUACCAUUUUACUAGUUUUAUUAAUCAAUCAUGGUCAAUAUAAUUCAGCAUUUUUUAAAAAUAAAUGUAUUUAUUCAUUUUACAAGUGCAGUACAGACAAGUAGAGUGAACAUCAGUGAUAUUUCUAUUAAUGCAGUCACUUAUUAAAAAUUGUAAUUUUUAUUUAAUUGACAUUACUUUAUAGAAAGCUGUUUUCACUUUGACAUUAAAGAGGGUUUUCUUUUUUGACCAUAUCUGUAAGUCUAAUUAGUAAUUGUAAUGUACAA